AUGGAGACCAGAGAUCGGCUCCACUAUCGCUGCCUCUUGUCACGCGACCCUGUUGAUUGGUCAAACUACAACGAAUCUCGCAAUACAGUUAAAGGCCCCGUCUCACAAGCCCUUGCACAUGUAAUAAAUCUGUGGGACGUUAAAGAACCCACACACUCUUCGUAAAGUGUAGGGCACGUAGUGCCCGGUGUAGUGACUAUCUCACUUUCACACUCAUUUAUGGGGGCAUCAUCACUCAUUCCUUGAGUACUUGUAAACUGCAACUUAAGCAGUCUGGCAAAGUCCCCCAACCAGUGUUGUAAAUUAUCCCUGAAAAGCCCUGUGGGGAGUGGAUAAUAAGAUAUUUACAUAAAUUGUACUUUCAAAGAAGUAGAGGAGCACAAACAUAACCAAGGCUCACUGUGGAAAGUCAUUAAUCGUCUCAUUCCAUCAAAAGCACAAGACACGACACUCAUACACUAAAGACCUAAAGGUAGUUGCCGACGAAUUUAACGUAUUCUUUUCUUCAGUUGGUAGAAAUGCCGCACAUGCAGCCGCCUGCUUGUCUGAAGAGAACAAGAUCACCUUAGCUGAACCUCCUUUCGACUCUCACAUCCCGGCCUCUGAAGAGCUGUUCAAUUUAAAGCCAAUGACCUUUGGAGACGUGUGA